CACUGGCAGCAUUUGUACAGCUUCCAUACGCACCCGGGUUCGGUCACCACGUGUGAUUGGCCAUGUCGGAAGACGUUCGAGCCAGUGAAGAGAGCCAGACCCUGGCAUCUGAGGCCGAGCGGCCCGGACCUGCAUGGCUCAUGGGAAAGCUUCGGCCAGACAAGGACCCGGACCUGUUCCGCUCCGACAGGACCCCACAGCCUAGGGUCAGCAGCAUUGGCAGCAGCACUGGCACGACAGGCACGACCUCAGGCUUCGUGAAGAUGACCCCCACCGACGCUCAAAAGAAAUGGAACUCCAAGAUGAGGAUGAGCGGCGAGGCCUUGGACUGCCUGGAGAAGGGAUGCACCGAGUGCGACACCAACUUCAGCGACGCCAGGUGUUCAGACACCGUGUUGACCUUCAAGGACGUAAGUUUCGAGGUCAAACAGAGCAAUGGCGAGAGGAAAGAAAUCUUGGCGCCGAUCUCGGGACACUUUGCCUCGGGACAGUUGGUCGCCAUCAUGGGCCCUUCAGGCUGCGGGAAAAGCACUCUCCUAGAUAUUUUGGCUGGAAAGAAGAGUGACCCGCAUGGCGGCACCGUGCACUUCAACGGGCGUCCCAGGGACAAGCUCUUCCAGCGGAUCUCCGCAUAUGUCCCUCAGGAGGAUCAGAUGCCCAAGUAUUUGACCGUCACUGAGGCGGUGGAGUUUAAUGGUAUGCUGAAGUUUGAGCGGCCGUCCAUGGUGAGCAAGAGUAUGGCGCAGCAGUGGAUCCAGCGACGUUUGGAGGUCUUAGGUCUUGAUCAAGUGAAGGACACCUACAUCGGAGAUGGCACCUCCUUGCGUGGAAUCUCCGGUGGGCAGAAGCGGCGCCUGAGUUUGGCCAAGCGCUUGGCGAGCGGCUCACAGGUCUUCUUCUGCGAUGAACCCACGAGUGGCCUCUCGGCCACGGAUGCAGAGGCAUGCAUCCGGUAUAUGAAGCACAUCGCUCGCUUCUACAACGUCAUUGUUUUGGUGGUGAUUCACCAACCCAGGAUAGAGGUCGCCCAGCUCUUCGACGAGCUCGUCUUGAUGACGGCGAACCCUGGCCGGGCCGUCUACAAUGGCAAGAUGGAGGAUGUGGAAGACUACUUGCACCAAGUUGGCUUUGACGUGCCCAUGCACGCCAAUCCGGUGGAUUUUUUCAUGGACCUGGUCACACCAGAUGCCAGCAACUCUCAAGUGGACCUCUUUGUGGAGCAGUACCGAGAUCGCUUGGAGCCACGAGUGCUCAGAGAAGUGGAACGAGGCUUGGAGCUGGAGAUGCCCAGCGCCCUGGAUUUGCUGGAGAACGUCCGCGCACAGAUGCUGGAGUGGGGCGACAUGCCACCAGUUCGCAACAGUGUCUACGGUGUGCGCUUUCGCCGGCAGCUCUGGUACGUCUUCCUGCGGCAAGUUCGCUUGCGCUGGCGUGAUCGCAACGGCUUAGUUGCAGACUUGUUGGGAGCUGCGGUGAAGGCACUGGUGGUGGGCAUCGUCUACAUGCGUACUGGGGAGCUAGCGGCGCAACAGCAGGUCUCCUUCUUCUUCAUGCUGUGUAUGACGACGGCGAUUGAUGGGUUAAAGAACAUGCCGAUGGUCAUUGGUGAGCGCACCAUCGUGAAGAUGGAGACCUCUGAGGUUCUCUACAGUGAUUGGGCCUACAUCAUUUCCUUCACAGUCCUCAACUUGUGCCAAGCCUUGGUCGUCCAUAGCAUCUUCAUUGCCAUCCUCUUUGCCAUGAGCGGACUGCGAUGGACCAUGUUCCCCUCCGCCUACUUGUGGUCCACGCUCUUGUCAGUCACAAUGGAAGCGAUGUAUUUGAUGGUCGCGGCUGUGGCAAAAGAUUCGACCACUGCAAUCAUCAUGUCCUCGCCGUUUAUGAUGCUCUUCCUGUUGUUCAACGGAUUCACUUCAACCCGUUCUUCCGUGGUCCCAUGGAUGCGCUGGGCCAUCGAAAUCAGUCCGGUCGCCUACAGCAUCCAGCAGCUGACCUUCGCCGCACAGUGGGCCUAUCGAGAUCAGAAGGAACUCUCCAACGGCUAUGACUAUGUCAUCAACACUUCGGACUACAAGGACCAGCCGGACGUGGCAAUCCUGGUCUUUGCGAUUUGCUUUGCUGUCUUCAAGCUCCUUCAGAUGAGACUUGUCCAUUUCAGCUCGUCAG